GUCCGCCGGUAAGCCAGUGGACCGGCGGAGAGCGGAGGGCGGAGGGAGGGAGCACGCGAUAUCUGUGGAUGGCGCGGCGCCGCGGCGGUGAGCCAGACAGCACGACGGCUGGACGGUCCGCCGGUGUGGAACCGUGUGCCCCAGCCGCUGGUGGGACCCCAUGGAAGGGGCGGCUGCGCUCUUACCACUCAACCCCUCAAAGUUUGCCCACGCGGAGUCUACCUUCCCGGGCCAAGAACCAGGAGGAGGAAGAUGAUGUCCAAACGUUGAAGAAGCAGGCUGGCCCCAAGAAGACAGGGAGAGGCCGCAACGCUGGAGGUGCGCAGCGGCCGAAGGCUCUUCGACGCCAAUCACCGCGGAACACCGGGAGGGAUCCAGAGCACCCAAUUGUGAUUGAUGAUGAAGUGAACGAAGAAUAUAAGGUAAGGGAUGAUCAAUUGGCAAUUGUGCCUCUCAGAAGAUCUCCACGGUUGCAUCAGGAAGAUAAGGGUUCGGGCAAGUCCCUCUUGCCAUCUAAUUGGCAGGAGACAUCUCAUAACAGAAAGGCUCAAAAUGCUCUUGUGAAAUACAGAAGUCAAGAGAAUCUGAAAAGGAACAGGAAAAAUGCUGGAUUGAAGACUUUGACAAAGUUGAAAAGCCAUAAUAAGCCCCAGCCACUUUGUCAAGAUCCUCAAGAUAUUCCUACUAGGAAAAAGGUUACAGAUGUAACUCACAUAAAGAGUGAGAAGCAAGAACUAAAGCCCAAUCAUUCUGAGGUGCUGACAAGAAAGAGGAAGAGAGGCACUGAAGGGAGGUUGUCAGCAAAGAGGCGAAGUUACCAGGAGUCUAAAUCAUUGCCUGCAUAUUGCCAAGAAAAUGUACCUAGCAAAGAACCUAAAAAAGCCAUCCACAAAAAGACUGGAAAGGACCCUUCUAUUGUGGUGAAGCAUAAAGUUGGUCAUGAAAGAUCGACAAUAGAUGAAAACAUCAAUGAGCCAAGUGGGACUAAAAGAGAAGGAAUGAAAAAUUUUUGUGGUGAAGAUGAUUGGACAGAAGAGCAGGACAUGGCAUUGCGUAAAGCUUACUUCGCUGCACGGCCAUCCCCACAUUUCUGGAAGAGAGUCUCAAAAUUGGUGCCAGGGAGAUCUGCUGAAGACUGCUUCAACAGAAUUCAUGCUGACCUCUCGACACCCACUCCCAUUGCCCCACGUCCCAGAACAAGUAAAACAACAUUUUCUCCCAUUGGAAGUUUCGCAUUGUCUGAUCCAAAGCUUCCCAACCUAUUGGAAUCUACUGUCGGAAGGCAAAGGACUGCUAAACAGAAGAGCCUAGCAGCUCAGAAGACGGUCAGACAUUUGUUGCAGAAGCAUAGCCUCAUUGACCAAGCUCAAGAGGCUGAUCACUUCUCAUUAUUUGAAACCUCACCAAGUGCCUUUCCAUUGAACAUAUCUUUUGAGGACUCUCCUGGGACUCCUGAAAGUUAUUUGAAUUCAGGUUCUCUAGGCAAGUUCAGCAGAAGUUCAUCAGCGCGAAAGAAAACAUUUUCAAGAUUAAGAGCUGAGCGAGCUGAACCAAGCCCAGCAGUUCUGAAGCCCAUCAAGAAUCUUAUCUUACAUGAGAAAUAUGUGAACCAGUUAUCUCGUAGAGAAGGUACAAAAAGGCCUCGCAAAAGGACUCCAGGCUCCAAAGCCGCUCAUUCUGGGAAGGCUCUUUCUCGGCAGCAAGUUGGUGGUCUGAAGGCUGCAAAAAAUGCUCUCAUCUCAGAAGCAACUGACUUUAUAAGCCAGUUCAAAAAGUUGCAAGCCAAUUCCCUUGCACACAUUGUUGAAAAUAGUGAGGAUGAUGAUAUUGAUGGUGAUGCUAGUGAUAGUUGCCAUGAUGAUGAUAAAGAAUAAGGAGGUUCUUACAGUGUUGAUUCCAAGCUGCCUAUAGAAAGCAUUCUUCUUUUAUCUUCCGUAAAGCUGCACUUGGAUAAGAUGUUGCCAACUGAAUUAGUCAUCAGCGUUAGACACUAGCAAUAUGUAUAUGCAAUUACUGUCUGCCUAUUAUGCUGUGUUUAAUUUUGCUGCCUAGUUCCUCCAGAGAUGUAAGUUAAUUGUGAUAAUGUUGCUUCACCAUGCCAUAUGAAUAUUGAAAGUACUUGAAAUUACAACAUACCA